UGACAUGUUGCCGCGGCACAUGACACCUCGUCGCCACUGACAGUUUGCACACCAUGCCACUACAGUGAACUACCUGGCGGCCUCCUCAGCCCCCAGCAACAUGGCUCAUGCACCUUUAGCUGUUUGGAGACGAACCGGCGGCACUGCGCGGUGACCAGUCGGGUGUAUCCACCCCUCACAAAAACGUUUUCAUCCACAGAUUAAACACCGGAAGGAACCUCUCAUGGGGUCAGCGCACAGCGCAGUGUCACCUCAGGGCAGGUCAAGCUCGGUCAUCAGCAUCACGCUCCGGCAAGAGUCCGGUCACUCGGUGCAGGAUGCUGAGAAGUCCCGGCUGAAGCGACGGUUGUGUGAGAUGAGUGGAGUCCGGCAGUCCGACAUCUCCAAAGCCAUUUCUGUGGUAGAAACACACGACGACAUUCUCGACUCGUUCCGGGUUCUGCUCGAUGCGAUGGACAGCAUCUCCAAGGAAGACAGAGAGACCAUCGUCGCCGGCUUGCGAAACAUCAGUCCUCUCUUCACUCCUUAUGGCGACGAUGUCAAGAUAUUCAGCUGGAUGAGCAGCUGCGGCGACUUCUUCGCUCUGAUUGGAGGGGCUGAUCGGACGGUGAACAUCUAUAAAAAUAUUAUGAACAUACAGGAUCAAACUGUGAACACGCACAACAACUCGACAGUUGCUGGAAGUCAGCGUUUGAACAGAAACAGCUCGAACUUGGACGACACCGUGGCUGAAGAUUCUAAAGAUGUAAAGGAAACACGAAAGUCAAAGAGAGAAAGGAGAGGAAAAAGAAGAAACAAGAAGCAUCGGAAAUCAGAGAUAACUGAAGAUGGAAUCGAGUCGGAAACAGAAGAAAGAGGUGAAGAGCAGGAAAUGACAACCCUGCACUUAGAGGAGUGUAGUUCAGUCAAAGAAUUUGAGAGACAAAGUACACAGUCCCUGGAUGAGAGUUCUCAAGCACUCAUAGAUGACCUCCUGAACCUGUGGUUGGGCAUUACAGACAGCAGUUUGUUAUAUUGCAGCCGGCUUGCUGAAGCAAGGUUACUGGAAUAUUUAGUACAGUUCCUUGCAAAACGCCUGAGACAUCAUAUUUGGGAAACACAACUCGCUUCACUUUGUGCAUCUUGCACAACUGCGCCAAGAACCCUCACCUCCGCCAGCACCUGCGCGACCUGGACACCGUCAGAGUUCUGUCCCGUUAUAUGCAUGGAGCGGACACAGAAAUGAAGCUGGUCAUCCUUCUAACGCUGUCUUACAUUAUGGAUGAAGAUGACAACAACAGUGUGCUUGCUAAUUGUGACGAGAUGCUUUUCCUCUUGGAGGGAAUAGGCGGGGCCUCAGGCUCUAAGCUCCACAUCUUCCAGAACUGGCAUCUGCACGAGCUGCUCCAGGGAGUCAUGAAUCUGGCUAAGAACGAGGACAACAAAAAGUUGCUAGUAGAAAUGGACGCCUUGCGGUACCUCAAGCCCGUCAUCAAAGACGGAAACGACAAUGAAAAGCUGUUGGCCAUGAAAACGACCUGGCAGCUUGCAUUUGCCGAAGAGAACAAAACCAAGAUCAAGGAGGAUGGCGAGCUGAUGAAGCUUGUUCACGGCGCGAAGAACGAUUGGCCUGCAGACUCCGAGAUGUCCACAUGUGCCCGCGGCAUUUUGUUUGUACUCAACAUUGACUCUAUCACCAAGAGCUCGGAAGAUUUGACAUUGCUAGAGUUCACACAACAGACGACUUCAGGCGACAGGCAAAGACCUGGUCAUGUCAUGAUAAGUUAUCAGCACUUCAGCCGAGAUAUUCUCAAAAAGGUGUGCAGGUAUUUGCGACAAAGACAGUACAGAGUGUGGAUGGAUGUCGACAGUAUAGGGGGGCACAGCUCCACCCUGGAGGCAAUGGCCAAGGCCGUGGAGGACGCCGAUGCUGUACUGUUGUGUAUGUCUGAGCACUACAAGGACAGCGCCAACUGCCGGCUCGAAGCAGAGUACGCGUUUGACAAGGGGAAGGUGAUGAUUCCUCUUCUAAUGCAAAAGGGCUACAAGCCUGAUGGAUGGCUGGGAAUUUUGAAGGGUUCCAAACUUUACAUCGACUUCAGUGGCAAAUAUUCAUUUGAGGAGCAGAUACAAAAGUUACUCGCAGAGCUUGGAGGUCGUGGGCGGGACCCAGGACUGGAGGUCGUUGACGGUCCUGUGGUUUGUGAAAAUUCAAGUAUUCUCAUGGCACCCUCGAUUCCUGUGAAAGCAAAAACAUCAUCAAGCCAAAGAGGCGUAGGUCAAUGGUCACCUUCUGAAGUGGCUCAAUGGCUCCAAUCUCAUCGACUGCAAGGAUGUCAACAUUUGCAGAACCUAAGCGGAGAAAACCUUGUGUGUUUACAGAAACUCAGAAGAGAGGUGCCAGAGUUCUUCUUCAAUUUUCUGAAACAAGACUUUGAACUGAGCAGCUUCGACCUCUUGCACUUUAGUGAUGCUGUGGAUCAAGCUGCCCACGUGACUGUUUGCUGUACUUCACAGGGACACAAGGAUGUAAUCCUUUCAUAAAGUCAGGAAGUGUUUGAUAGACACUUAGGUAACAUUUGUACUCAUUUUCCCCCAAAAAUGUAUUUUUGUCUACAGUUCGUCUCUGAAUUGUGUCCCUCAUCGGUUCUACAUUAGACUAUGCCAACAGCUGCCUCUGGGGGAUUUCAAAGAGCGAGUUGUCGA